GCCGCUUGGAGACUAGUCCCGGUGUGUUGACACACCUUAUCGAUCUCGUCGUUGCUUCCUCCCUCCAGCACCUUUUUUGUUCCGACGUCACCCUCUUCUCAGCCCGCUUCUUCCAACAACAAACAACCUACCAUUUCAGCCCUACAUCACCUCUACUUUGUUCUGCACUGCUGGCCUUUGUUCUCGAUCGGCUCCAAAUCCGCAAAUAGCAGCUUUCCCCAUUGUCACCUUUGUAGCACGAGAAACAGUCACUACAUAGUCGAAUGGUCGUGUGACUUGGCGGGCUCCAUCCGGCACUUCUCACGCCUGUCGCCACUCUGCCUCGACGAUUCCUACGCCAUCUUCUAUUCUAGUCAUCUGCCUGCUUCAUUCACAUCGCACAACCUGCCACCACAAUGGCUCCUAUGGGACCUAAGAAAGGCUCGGCUCCGAACGCCCGCGCCUUGAGGAAUGGCCAAACCAGCACAAGCAAGGGAAGCAGUCGCGGUGGUAUCUCAAAACGUCAAAAUGCCCGGCCCCUCAAGGUCGAUCGCGAUGGGGAUCUCAACAUGGAUGCAUCUGCAAUGGGAAAUUCCUCUCGAUCGCAACCGAAGCGAUCCAACAACAACGCUACCUCGUCUGGCCCACCCACACGAACCUCGUCACGAAACCCGAGGCCAACAGCAAAAGCGCAGCAGAUCAUUCAGCGCGCGUUAAAUGGUGAUUCUUCACAGAUCUCAGCCCGUCGUUCUAGCCGACGCACUGAUGUCGUACCACCUGUCACCCUCAGGGUGCAGGGCUUGAAGGAUAGCAAGGCCUCCUCUAAUGAAGGAGGCGGGCUUAAGGAACUGCUUACCUUCCUCGAGCGAAAGUCCCAGACUGUCGGACAUGCCCCACGGCCCAUUAGGAUAAAAAAGUCACAAAUAAAUGGUGACUUCGUCUAUAUUACAGCAAGCAAGGAAGACGCCGUAGAAAUUCUCAAGGUUAACAACUUCAUUUUCGCCGGCGCAACUCUCCAGAUCACAGAAGUACCGGAGGGGCUUCCUAAUCGCGACUCAGCACCACUGUCAUCAACAGCGCUUGAAAUGAAAGAACAACUUCGCAAUGUUCUUAGUACACGUUACGACGUCAAUGCUAAGCUAUUAAAUCUCUCCACCCUCGGUGAAGACCCCACCCUCAACCAGAUGGGCUUCUUUAGAGGCGAAGCUACUCCGGAAAAGAUGUUCAAAGCCUUGAUGGCAAUAUGCGAAGGACUUUUCAAGACUCCCCAGGCGAAGCGUGAUGCUGUCGUUAGCAUCAGCCUCGCAGGCAACAAUAUCAAUGAUGUUUCGCAAAUUUUAUCUCUAACCGACACAUUUCCUGACAUUGUCAACUUGGACCUUAGCCGGAAUCAAUUCAAGGACCUCAAAGCUCUGCAGAAAUGGCGCCACCGUCUUCGCAGUCUUCAAACUCUCCUUCUUAAUGACAAUCCCAUUGAGGUUGGCAACCCAAGCUACAAAGCAGAGAUGGUAACUUGGUUCCCAAAGUUACUAAAUCUUAGUGGCAUCCAAGUUCGAACACCUGAACAAGUGGCGGCAGCCGAGGCCGCGUCUCGUCCCACGCCUAUUCCUCAAAGCGGACCUGAUUUUCGCGAUAUUAACCGCGUUGGCGAAGGUUUCAUCACCGAGUUCCUAUCACUAUAUGAUACGGACCGACAUAACUUGGCAGCCAAGUACUACGACGAACAGAGUACAUUCUCGAUCGCUGUAAACACACAUUCUCCACACGAACCCGGCGUGCCAUUGCCGACAUGGGGGGACUACAUAAGAUUUUCUCGGAAUCAUAUGAAAAGAAAUUACGCGCCCGCCCGACAGCAACGACUAUUCACAGGUGCCAGCCAAAUACAAGCACUUUGGAGUCAGCUCCCUCCUACUCAACACCCGAAUUUAGCAACUCAAUUCGACAAAUACAUUAUUGACUGCCAUCCUAUCCAUGGGCUUGCCGACCCGGCAGGUCAGAGCCCACUCGGCGUUGAUGGAAUGAUCAUGACCGUCCAUGGCGAGUUUGAUGAUCAGGAACUUGGAACAACAAAGACUACUAAGCGUAGCUUCUCUCGCACUUUUGUGCUUGGGCCUGGAGCACCUGGAAGAAAUGCCAUCCGGGUUGUCUCCGACAUGCUAUCUCUGAAGGCGUUCAAAAACGUACCCAAAAACGUACCAUCACCGGCCACCACGCAGGCAACGACGGUGAAUGAUCAACAGAAACAGCAAAUGCUUCUAGAACUUUCUAAACAGACUGGGAUGACACCUGAGUACUCCCAAUUCUGUCUUGAUGGUGCAAACUGGAACUUUGAUCAGGCUCUCACCUCAUUCCAUGAGAAAAAGAUACCUCCGCAGGCUUUUGUUGCUGCAGCUUGAAGAGCCUCGCAAAUCACCACACAAACAAACAAAUUUUUAACAUGAGAAACGAUGGGCUUUGCAUCGACUAAGGAGUAAUGAGAGGAGAUCGAGGGUUUUGCACAAGCGACUGUAUUUUCUUCUUUGCUACUAGGAUGAUUAGUUGCGUGGUUGUAUUCACUUAUAUAUCCGUAUGUAUCGGUUCACACAAGGGUUGAGGGGAGGCUCAGUUGAGCAAGGUGGACUUUUAGAGUAAACGGAGGAUAUAUAGGGCAGACGCUGAUUUGAAGCUUGCUUGGUGGUUCUGAUGUGAACCGCAACAGUGGGAGUGACCUCUCUGCAAAAUUGCAAUAGAAACUCUCUAUGGAUGCGAUAAUGACCUAAGUAUUUCCACCGUCACUUGAUAUUUGUGUUAUGUUCUACUGUCAACCCUGGCCCGUCGCCACAACAAUGCUAAAGUAGUCUCUGUUGUGCCUUAGCUACAAUUUCUAGCCUUG